UCUUCAUCAUUCAUCCAAAAAAAAAAAGAUCCAAAUUUUUUAAAAAUUAUUUUAAAAAUUUAUCAUACGAAAAAAAUUACGAGUCUACAGUUGUACUUAUAACAUAACUAGUCUAUUUGGAACGAGAAGAUUAUUUUUCACAACGAUGAGGAAUUUGGAGGGAUCGUCAUCGUCUAUUGCACCGGUGGGCCCGCUACGGUCACCGUGGCACUCACCGGUGCCGUAUUUAUUCGGAGGAUUAGCAGCUAUGUUAGGGCUAAUUGCAUUUGCUUUACUAAUUUUAGCUUGUUCUUAUUGGAAACUUAGUGGUAAUCUUGAAGAAAAUCAAGAAGGUGAUCUUGAAGAAGGAAAUAAUAAUAAUAAUGAUAGUAAUGGUGGAGAUGGUAAAAUGGUGGAACCACCAAUUCUUGAAGAGAAAUUUUUGGUGAUUAUGGCUGGACAAUUAAAGCCAACUUAUAUUGCUACACCAAGUUUGUCUAGUAGAGCUUCAUCUUUUGGUAGCAAUAGCGGUUGUACCGCGAGUAGUGAGAGUAGUACGGAUAAAUCCGAGGCGGAAGAGAAGGAGGAGAAAGAAAAUGAUGUCUCGGGUUCAAGUCUUGAAAAUUGUGAAAAAACGCUCGUAGGAGAGAGAGAAAAGGAGGUCUCGAGUUCAACUUCUGAAAAUGAUUUUGUGGUUAACGUGACACAAAUACGAAUUAGUUAACGGAAUGAAUUUCAGAGUCAUAUGGUAAGCAUGAUGAGAUUAGGUCCUUUAAUUUCAAAGAGAAAAAGAAAAAAAAAUCUUAUUUUUUUUCUCUUUUUUUCCCUUAUGUGGGAAUUUCCGGAAAUGUAUAUAUUUUUUGGAGAAUGAAUUGGGAAAACUUUAUAUAUAUUGGUAAUUUUAAAUAAGGAUAUCAUACUUUUUGAUUUUGGAACAUAUGCUAGGUAUGUUAAAGCUCAUUAUUCAAUGCUUAUA